AUGUCCGCUUCUUCGUCUGGCCAGCACAAGUAUGCCUGCUGUACCUGCGCACGACGGAAGAUCAAAUGCGACAAGGCGGACCCCUGCUCCAACUGCUCAAAGGCGCAAGUGGAAUGUCUCUACGAGGACCAUCCGCCACCACGGCCCCGUAAGAGAGCCGCCGAUGAAGACCUCAUAGCUCGGCUUGGAGCAUAUGAAGACCUCUUGAGGAAGAACAAUGUCGACUUCAGUCACUUUAGCCACGCAUGGAUUCCUUCGGACUUACAAGGGAAGUUGAAACAUUCUACGAGCGGUAGCGAGAGCCCGGCUUUGACGCCGGGCACAAACAACCUGGCAACCUCAGAAGACCCCCAGCCAGAUAAUCGUUCGGCCGAAUGGGAACGGUGUUUAUGGUCUAGCUUGCCCAUAGAGCUCAAGUUUCCUCCUACCCGUUAUUUGCACUAUUCUGAAGACCCUUGUUUGUAUCCGAUUCCAUCACUCCAUUCGAUCAUGUCUAGUGGAGGGUCGACUAGUCAUAAACUACACCCCGAGCCCAGGCAAAUUUACCGGCUCUGGCAACAGUUUGUUGAAGCAGUAAACCCCUUGAUCAAGAUUGUUCAUGUCCCUACCAUGCAACAGCAAAUAUUAGAUGCCAGCUGGGACCUUGAGAAUAUUUCGCCGCCUCUAGCCGCCCUGAUGUUCUCUGUAUACAGUCUCGCGGUCAUAUCACUCUCAUCGGCUCAGUGUGAGGCGACCUAUGGCGAAGCCAGGUCGACAUUAAUCACUCGCUACCGAGUCGCGGCAUUGAGUGCCUUGAUAGCUGCUGACUUCCUCACCACAAAAGAUCUGCAACUGCUAACAGCAUUCGCGCUGUUCCUCCUGACCGACCCUGAUUCGGAAUUCACAUCCAGUCUCACCCCCACCGCUGUAAGAAUUGGCCAGAAAAUGGGCCUGCAUAAACCCAGUCAUCCCAAGGUUUCCUUCUUCGAGAGCGAGAUGCGCAUUAGGCUCUGGUGGCAACUCAAUGCCCUGGACUCUCGGGCUCGCGGAAGCCAUGUUCCCGGAAUGCGGCCACCUGCGCUUGUCGAAUUCGGCGAUAUCCGUGUGCCGCUGAACGUCAACGAUGCCGAUCUUCAUCCGGACAUGACAGAACCUCCCACGGAGCACGUUGGCCCGACGGAGAUGACAUGUGUACUCAUCAAGUUCCAAAUCUUUCGGUGGCUUAGGCACUCCAGCGCUAGCCUUCGAGUGUUUGAGGGCAUCAGCCACAGUCCGGAGAAAUCCAAAAGAGCCCUUAAGAUGGAGGACGCGUUGAUUGAUAAAUUAGAAUCCAUUUACCACGAAAACUUCCUCCAGUACCUGGACUUGAAUAUCCCUCUCCACGCUCUGUCCAACGCCAUGGCCAUUCUUGCUUCGUCUCGCCUGCGAUAUAUGGCUCAUCAUCCCCGAUUCCGGGCCGUCACCCACGAUGGAGCAGUAUACAUGAAAAAGGAAGAAGGUGAUUUGGCGUUUAAUUCUGCAGUCACGUCGUUGGAAAUGCUUCAAAUAGGAGAACAAAGCCAAUAUUCUCGCCACUUGUUCACGCACAUCUCAUCCACCUUUCAGUUGGAAACGAACGUCUACAUCAUAAGUGAGCUGCGGAGACGCCUUUCCGGAGAGCGCGUGGAGACGGCUUGGAAGCUUGUACAACACUUUUUCAACGAGUACCAGGAGCUCCUCAACGACGAGCAGAACAGCCUCUUUGUCGCGCUGGGAGAAAUUACACUGGAGGCUUGGGAGGCCCGGAAGAAAUACUUCCAGGUCCAUGAGCAAGGGGUUAUGGAAUAUAGCCCCCUACCUCGAUUCAUUGAAUUGCUGUGGAAUAAGCAACAACUGAGGAAUGGACAGAACGUGCAGGCAGCUACGACGUUGGACUCACAGAAUCUGGAUACAUUCGAGUUGCAUGAUGUACAUGAUGUUGAUUUUGACUGGGAAUCUUGGGGCACGUUCUGGCGAUUCUGA